UCAAUUCAAAAUCAUUUUACGGACUCAUUGAUUCUAGGAACUUUGAUUCCAUUUGCCUCCCCUUCUCUCCUUUACAUAUAUGUAGAGUCUUGCCAUGGCCAAGAUAAGGCAACCGGAUGCAAUUGCCUCUGAAACAUUUCAGUAACAAGACCACCUCUCAGACAAUGGCUUCACCACACCCGAAAUCCCACUUUCACGCUCGCACGGUGAGCUUGCCUUCGAAGCCAAACCCACUCAUUCCUCAAGCGGAGGAGCACUUGAGGAGGAUCAGGAGCUCGGAAGCCAUCACAUGUUCAUUUUCAUCGGUGAGCGACACGAUAAGCAGUGUUGUGGACUUCUACGACUCUGUCGAAGACUUGCUUCUCUUUCCAAAUACCCGACAUGCCUUGGUUCAAGAGGGCUGCGAUGAGGUGCUCGAGAGAUCCCUCAGUCUCCUGGACUUAUGCAGUACUGGCAAAGAUGUCAUAGCACAGAUGAAGGAAAACAUCCAGGAGCUACAAUCCAUGUUGCGUAGGAGACGGGGUGAUGACCUGGCACUGAGAAACAAGGUCGAGGCAUACUUGACCUCAAGGAAGAAAGCAAAGAAGACAAUUCAAAACUGCUUGAAAAAUCGGAAGAUCAAAUCGACCUUUUCUUCUGCGGAUCGAAGCAUUAUGACAACAGUUUCCAUGUUAAGAGAAGUGGAGGAAGUCACUCUCAGGUCAAUUGAAUCACUGUUGACAUUGGUACAUGGAAAGUCGAGAAGCUGCUCUUUCUUCUACAAGUUGAUGCAUUCCAAGCGAGUGGCAGCUGAUGAGAGAGCAUCUAACAGCGAGCUAGAGGAGGUGGAUUUGGCUGUUCACACCCUCCUAAGCCACAAGAAUGGAAAGCCAAUCCACAUGGAAUGCGUGCAGAAAAUAUUGGGAGAGAUAGAGUCCAGCAUUCAGGACCUCGAAGAAGAAGUCGAGCGCCUGAUCAGGCGCUUGAUCAAUCCUCAACCACUAGCUGGCAAUUCAUGA